UCCUCGCUCGCUUCCCUCCCAUCCCCCUUCGCCAGUGUCUGUGCUGCGCAGCUCCCUACGCGGUCGCGGUCGUUGCCGCCGCGGACGGUUGGGUGGGAGAGACCGUUGUCGCGAGCGCCACCCGCGGACGAAGCGGCCGUCCCUGCCCGCCCGCCGCGACCGUCGGAGUUGGCGUUACUAGCGCCCCACAGGGUAUCUGAAGUAGAAGGGGCAUUUAAAUCAAGCGAUAUUGAAAUGGAUUGGGUUAUGAAACAUAAUGGUCCAAAUGACGCUAGUGAUGGGACAGUGCGACUUCGAGGACUGCCAUUUGGUUGCAGCAAAGAGGAAAUAGUUCAGUUCUUUCAAGGGUUGGAAAUCGUGCCAAAUGGGAUAACAUUGACGAUGGACUACCAGGGGAGAAGCACAGGGGAGGCCUUCGUGCAGUUUGCUUCAAAGGAGAUAGCAGAAAAUGCUCUGGGGAAACACAAGGAAAGAAUAGGGCACAGGUACAUUGAGAUCUUCAGGAGUAGCAGGAGUGAAAUCAAAGGAUUUUAUGAUCCACCAAGAAGAUUGCUGGGACAGCGACCGGGACCAUAUGAUAGACCAAUAGGAGGAAGAGGGGGUUAUUAUGGAGCUGGGCGUGGAAGUAUGUAUGACAGAAUGCGACGAGGAGGUGAUGGAUAUGAUGGUGGCUAUGGAGGUUUUGAUGACUAUGGUGGCUAUAAUAAUUAUGGCUAUGGAAAUGAUGGCUUUGAUGACAGGAUGAGAGAUGGAAGAGGCAUGGGAGGACAUGGCUACGGUGGAGCUGGUGAUGCAAGUUCAGGUUUCCAUGGUGGUCAUUUUGUGCACAUGAGAGGGCUGCCUUUUCGUGCGACCGAAAAUGAUAUUGCUAAUUUCUUCUCACCACUCAAUCCAAUACGAGUUCAUAUCGACAUUGGAGCUGAUGGCAGAGCAACAGGAGAGGCAGAUGUAGAGUUUGUGACACAUGAAGAUGCCGUGGCUGCCAUGUCUAAAGAUAAAAACAACAUGCAGCAUCGAUACAUUGAACUCUUCUUGAAUUCCACCCCUGGAGGUGGCUCUGGAAUGGGAGGUUCUGGAAUGGGAGGCUAUGGCAGAGAUGGAAUGGAUAAUCAAGGAGGAUAUGGAUCUGUUGGGAGAAUGGGAAUGGGGAACAACUACAGUGGAGGAUAUGGCACUCCUGAUGGCUUGGGAGGUUAUGGUCGUGGUGGUGGAGGCGGUGGAGGUUACUAUGGGCAAGGUGGAAUGAGUGGAGGUGGAUGGCGUGGGAUGUACUGAAAACACCAACGUACAAGUCCUAACAACAACAUGUCUACUAGACUUUCUUACGGAUUUAAUUUCUUUUGUAUUUCAAGAACUUUAUAAUGACUGAAGGAAUGUGUUUUCAAGAUACUUGGUAAAGCAACAGAUUGUGAUGGGAAAAUCUGUUUUCUGUAGGUUUUAUUUGUUGCAUACUUUGACUUAAUAAAUUUUUAUAUUGAAACCACUGAUGUUGCUACUUUUUAUAUAUAGGUACUCCUAAAGAUGUGUUGCCUUCAUAAGAUUUGGGAUGAUGUAUUUUACUGUUAGCUCUACAAAAAGUAGCAUAGUGCAAUGUGAGUGGACAGACUGCAAGUCUUAGCACACAUCUGGGAUGGAUAGAGCUUGAGUAGUUAGCUAGCUUUCUUUCCUGGACACCCUGUAAAUAAAAAGCCUAAAGAUGCAUUCAAGUGGCUUCAGGAAUAUAAGUUCAGUUAAUUCUGCAUUCUCUUUUCAAUCUCAUUUAUCAAGCAUAGCUCUGAAUAAUUUUGUAAGAGAGGUAUCUGGAUUCUAAGUAGUCAAAAUUGUGUUAUGAAUUAAUUAUGAACCCAGGGACAUGGGAGUAGUGGUUGAAAUUAUAGCCCUAGAUUUUAAAAUCCUCAUAGCACUUGCCCAAGAUACCAAAAAUGUUUCCAAAAUUUGAGUUUGUUGGAGUAACUAAGAAUUCUCAUUGAUGAACUCGGUGUAAAUACAUGGGUAUUUACUAUGAUAGAUGUAUUCUUGGGUAAGAAACUGAAAACACAAGAAAACAGGGUUUUUAAAUUGUAAAUGACUGCAUUUAGGAAAAUGUAAAACAAUGCUACAGCUGGAUUUUGCAUCUGAUACUGGUUUUGAGUAUUUAAGCUCUGUUUAGCAAGGGAAGGGUGCUUUCUAAUCUUAUCACUUUGAUCAAUGUGGCUUUCCCCUAAAUUGGCUAAUGGAUCAGAUUGAAACCUGUCAAUGUGAACUCAGUUAUUGAACUUGUUACUUGUUUUUUGCUAGAAAUGUUAUUCAUUUAAUAAAUGUCAACAUGGGAGAUAAAGGAAUGUUGUCUGUUCUAGAAUGCUUUGUGUCAGUUAUUGGUUAUAAUGCACAUUGGUGGAAAGUGUGGUGGCACAUGCUUUUAAUCCCAGCACUUGGCAGGUAGAGGCAAGUAUUUGGAUAGCAUGUAAUUUGGAUGCCAAAUUGAGAUUUCUGAUAAAAUGACUGUAAAGGAGCACCACAGUUUGUUACUCGGAGCCUAUAGUUCUGAAAAAGUAAGUUUCUGUCUUUCUGUUUUGGGACUGAGGAUUUCACCUAGAGCCUACACACUAAUGACCUUGUCUGCAUGCCUGGCAGAGAGGUCAGAAGCCCUUCAAGGGUUACCUUCUUCAGUCUCAAUGGAGGUGGUCGGAGAGACGAUUCAGUGGUUAAGAGUACUUUCUGCUCAUCCAGAGGACCUGAGGUUGGUUCCCAGCACCCACAUCAGGCAGAUCACAACUCAUGUCGCUGCAGUGAAUCCAAUACCUUUUUCUGGCCUCCUUCACCACCUGCACACUUGUGGCAUACACUCACACAGACACACAUAAACAGAUAAACAAAUCUUUAAAGCAAUAAAAAUUGUUAAUUUCUUAAAACUGUUUUAUAAAAUUCACAUUUAUUUUAAAAACAUUACAGAUUAGAAUUACAAUUCCUUGGCACCAUGAUUACAUCUUUGUGGUAGUACUGGCUAGGGAAAGCAAGGAAAUGACAAGUUUUUGCAAAAUAAAAACAGAAUGUUUUGUGAUGAAUGAGGUGUCCUAAAUUUAGAUUUUAUUUUUUUGUUAGUGGUGCUGUGGAUUGAGAACCCAGGGCUUUAAUACACACAGUAAGCGAACAUUUUGCCACUGAGCUAUAUUCUCAUCUCAGACAUUGGGGGUCAAGUUAAUGCUGCCCCAGAAAAGGUCCAUGUUUAUAACAAAAAGCACAAAAUAAAGUAUUUGAAAUUUUUUCAUUUAUGCUCACUUCCAACAGUCAUAAAAAUCUUAGUCUAUUCCCAUCAAUACAAAAUGGUUCAGAAGCCAGGCAGUGGUAGUACACACCUUUAAUCCCAGAGACAGGUGGAUGUCUGAGUUCAGGGCCAGCCUAGUCUAUAGAGGUAGUUCCAGGACAGGCUCCAAAGCUACAGAGAAACCCUGUCUCAAAAUACAAACAAAACAACAACAAAAAUGGUUCAAGAAUAUAAUUUUCUAAUAUUUGGGCCAAGUUUUCAUUAUUGUAUGUAUAAAUAUAUACAUAGCAUAGGCUAAUUUGGAGACUGGCCUUGAAUUUGUAGCAUUCUUUCUUGCUUAAUUCUGUUUCAAGGCCACUUCUGUCAGUGCUCAACAAAUGACGUCUUGGGGGCUGGGUAGAUCAGUUGGUACUACCUGGCCUGCACAAAGCCAGGGGUUCCAUCCUCAGCACCACAUAGUUGUAAUCUCAGGAGUUGGGAUAUGGGGAGGUCGGAGAAUCAGUUCAAGGUCACCCUCUGCUACACACCAAGUUAGAAGCCAACUUGGGUUACAUGAAUCCCUGUUUCCAAAAAAAUGGGACAUCUCAAAAUCUGACAGAUCUAAUUUAAGUUAACCUCAGAAGCUGGUGAAAAUACUGGUUUUGUAAUUUUGGCAAAUUAUAAAACUUACUGAAAUACAACAAAUGAAAAGAUCUCAAAGAAUAAGGAAUCAGAAAAGUGCCCAGUCACUAAACUGUCUUUAGGAAUGUAAAAUCUCUAUAGAGUUUAUAGAUUUAAAAGUGCAAAACUGGAGAUUAAUAUAUUAAGAUCCUGAAUGGUCAUGGUUUAAGUAACUUAAUGUUU